AUGGUUUGGCUUACGAUCCUUCCAAAUCGCCUCAUUACAAGGUGGUCUAUACACUAUGAUUUCAAGGAGAUGGCCAUGCAGUUUGAUGCGAGGAGCAGCGAAAGCGCGGUUUUCUGCAAUGGCAUACUUCAUUGGAUUAGACACAGUCAUUAUGCAUCACUGCUGUCUCGUGAUGAUGAGUUUCUCAGACGAGAGACUGAUGUAUCCCACUACUUUGACUUAGCUGAAGAACGAUUGGGACUCGUGUCUAGUACUCCUCCUCUUCCCUUGCUUGUCAAAAACAUUACUGCUACAUGGCCGAGAUUGAGGCAAAGAUAUUUUGGGGAGUCGGCUGGCCAUUUGUAUUUGAUCGAGACUUACCAGCAUUGGAACACCCAAUUUGAUGUGAUGGAGAUGGAGAGAGACUACUCUGGCUGGUUUGUCAAGUAUCAUGUUGAUCUUAAUCCGCUAGUGGCAGCUUUUCCUGGACUGGAUUGGAAUGCUUUUGUUGUCUUGGGUCUUUUUCCAGAGAAUGGGGUUGAGGAGGAUAGUUCAACUCAUCUUUUGUUGCACCUGCCUGGUAAGAUCAUAUCCUAUAAUCUGAGGAAUGAGACCUUCAAGACAUCUGUUGAGUUAGCCGAUGAGAAACUUCAUCUAGCUUUCGGUGAUAAUCAUGGUAUUCAAGACUAUGUUACUUUUCCUUAUAUGGAGACUCUAGCUUGUGUGUGA